AUGGUAAUCAAAUCCAAUUCGUCCAGUGACCACUUAAAAGACCUCAGCACCAUUUUUGAUGAAGUUAGACAACACCACAUGCGGUUGAACCCGGCAAAAUGCACCUUCGGGGUAGCCGGCAGAAAAUUCUUGGGGUUCAUGUUGUCGAAAAGGGGUAUAGAAGCCAACCCCGACAAGUGCCAAGCUAUCAUCAGUAUGAAAAGCCCUCAUAACAUAAAAGAAGUGCAGCGGUUGGCCGGACGAAUCGCUUCCUUAGCUCGUUUCCUGCCAUGCAUGGCGGAAAAAUCAAGACCUAUAAUGUCCUUGCUGAAAAAGGCCACCAAAUUCCAAUGGACCGAAGAAUGUGAGUGGGCUUUUCAGAACUUUAAGACAAUGCUCACAACCCCACCAUUGUUGACCAAACCGGACCCUGGUCUUGACAUGAUAGUGUACAUAUCAGUAUCAGACAAGGCCAUCAGUACCGUCUUGGUGCAAGAAAAAAUAGAACAGACGCCGGUGUACUUCGUCAGUCGAGCGCUUCAAGACACCGAGAUGAGGUAUCAACAUCUCGAAAAGACAGUCCUUGCCCUUGUAUAUACCGCCAGGCGUCUUCGGCACUACUUUCAGAGUCAUCGGGUGCUUGUCCGAACAGAUAGCCCCAUAACUAAGGUCCUGCGCAAGCCGGAACUGGCAGGACGAAUGGUGGCCUGGUCUAUAGAGCUGUCUCAGUUCGACAUUCACGGGUCAUCAAACCAACGAGGCAGUGGCGCCGGCAUUAUUUUGGAAGGCCCUGGCCAGGUAGUAAUCGAACAAUCCUUGCGAUUCGGCUUCAAAAAGUCCAACAACCAGGCCGAGUACGAAGCCCUUUUGGCAGGCCUGAGGUUGGCCCAGGACCUAGGCGUUACCAAAAUACAAUGUUGGAGUGAUUCACAGGUGGUGACAGGCCAAGUUAACGGUACUUUCCAAAUCAAGGAACCAACACUGUUAUUAUACUUCCACGCUUUCCAGAAGCUGAAGGGCGACUUUGAAGAUGUCCAAGUUAAACACACGCCCCGAGAGCUCAACACGAGAGCUGAUCAGUUGGCUAAGCUAGCCAGCAGCAAGAAGAUCAGUCAUUUGCGCAGCAUGAUGCAGCAAGAACUACACAAGCCCAGCAUCACCCAAGCCGAAUGUUUGCAGGUCCAGCAGGGAACACCCAAUUGGAUGACCGGGAUAGUCGAGAAUCUCACAACCGGAUCAUUACCCACUAAUCCCUUGGAGGCAAAAAAGAUGAAAACUGUGGCGGGCCGAUACACCCUAAUUGCCGGGGAACUGUACAAGAGGGGGAUGUCGACACCAUUAUUGAAAUGUUUGGCACCGGAACAAGCACAAUACGUGGUCAGGGAAAUCCACGAAGGCAUAUGUGGAACUCACUUGGGCGGCCGAACCCUUGCCACCAAAGUCAUCCGAGCCGGAUACUAUUGGCCAACCCUACUGACGAAUUGUGUCAAUUUUGUUCAACAAUGCAAGCCUUGUCAGCAACACGGACCCCUGACGCAUCAACCACCCGAGGAAUUGCAUUCUAUUACCACUCCCUGGCCGUUUUCUAUCUGGGUCAUGGACAUAUUAGGGCCGUUCCCACCAGCAAAAGGCCAAGUUAAGUUCCUCCUUGUAGCCAUUGAUCAUUUCACUAAGUGGAUCGAAGCAGAAGCAGUGGCCACCAUCACGGCCAACAACAUACAGAAAUUCUUCUGGAAGAACGUCAUCACACGUUUCGGAAUUCCCUAUGCUUUGAUCACUGAUAAUGGUUUGCAAUUUACCGACUGCCGUUUCAACGAGUUUCUGGCCGGACUAGGGAUCAAGCACAAGAUGACGUCGGUGGAACAUCCCCAGACAAAUGGGCAAGCCGAAGCAGCAAACAAGGUCAUCCUCAAAGAGCUGAAACGACGACUCGGGCAAGCUAAAGGAACAUGGCCCGACUGUUUGCCCGAACUCUUAUGGGCCUAUCGUUGUACCCCACAGAGCUCAACUAGAGAAACCCCUUUUCGGUUAACCUACGGUGAAUGA